AAUAAAUGCCACUGCAUGGGAAUCCUACGACCACUGCACGUUCUGUUAUUCCGUCCGUUGACUAAGUGUGUCUCUUGUAGUAAUAAAGUAUUGUUAUUUGCCUGGGAAAGCAUUAUAAUUAAUGCCUAAAAUUUAUGGGUAACACUAACCAGAAGAAAUCUUGCGAAAUAACGCCAAAAUAUGCCAAAAAGUCUAAUAAAUCACAUGAGCAGUACUCAAGCGAGUUUAGCUUGUCAUCUUUUGUGAAGGACCUAAGUGGUAGAUCGUUUGUUAGUGCCACAAGCCAACAGUCUACAUAUAGUGUGUCAAGGCCUUGGUCAAGAGUAUCACGGCGCAGAUGGAAUAAUUCAACACUCACAGAUCCUCUUGAAGCUUCAAAGACUGCAUGGCCUGUGCCAUACAUAGAAGCUGCAUUUCUUCCAGAGUUUAAAAUCAAGGGUGAUGUUACUGAAAACAGCUUUGAGGUACUUGACACUAUAUCAAGUGGAGCAUUUGGAAAAGUAUACUUAGCUUGUAAGAGAGAUACCAAUCAGAAAUAUGCUCUGAAAAUUCUCUCCAAAUCUCAGAUUUUGUCACAAAAUGCUGUUGAACAGGUGAAAGAUGAAGUCAGAAUCCAGUCAAUUUGUGGACACCACCCAUUUAUUGUAAACUGUCCAUAUUUCUGGCAGAAUCGAAAACGGCUGUUCAUUGUUACGGAUUAUAUUGCCGGUGGAGAAUUAUUACGGAUAUGUCAAGAUUAUGGACCCUUACCAGAAGAACUUGUGAAGGUGUAUGUUGCAGAAAUUGCUCUGGCUUUAGAUUUCCUUCACAAUGCUGGUAUUAUAUAUCGUGAUCUGAAGCUUGAAAAUCUGUUACUGGAUGAGGAAGGCCAUUUAAAGUUGAUAGACUUUGGACUAGCAAAAUGGCUGAAAUAUGGAUCUCGCACUACAACCAUUUGUGGCACUAUUCAGUACAUGGCUCCUGACAUAGUUAGUAUGGAACCCUAUGGUCAUGCUGUGGAUUGGUGGUCCCUGGGUGUGAUAAUGUGCUGUUUACUCACCGGAGAGGAAAUUCCUGCGGACCAGCGGCAGCGGGCAGGUGGCGUCCGCCGUCCGGCAGGUAUCCCGGCGUGGCGUGGCGUGGCCCGGCCGGCCAGGCACGCAACAAGAAGACGACGGCCGCCGGCUCGGCCGGAGCGGGGCGCGCGCGCCUCUUGCAACACCGCAGCGCUGCCGGCGCCUGGAAUGCGCCCCCGGCCCUUUCUGCCCUUGAGCCUAUGUGGACACUGCUUCAAAAUCGUGGCCGCGGCCUCAGCACGUGACCAGCAGCGUCUCACCUCAGAGCAGUGUCAACCUGUUGUCUAA